UAAUGAAAUAUUCUUAAACAACUGUAAAUGUGUUCAUAGACAUUAGCUAUAAAACUCGGCAUCCUAAUUUAAUAUUCCUGUUGGCAGAAGUGAUUCCUAAAACUGGAAUGAUGUUAAAAAGGGCAUAAGAGAUAAGGUUUACUCAAAGGUUUAGGGAUUCGAGAAUUAGAAGUUUAUUUAAAAAAGCGAAUUACUUUAUAAUUUUAAGAAUCAAGAAGAAAAGAAUUCAGCUUAACCUUUAUCUCAUAGAUAAUCAGCUAAUCAUUUAAAAAAUUUGAUGGACAACAAAUUUCCAAAAUAAGAAUCUCCAAUUAAAAUGGGUUUAACUCGUGCAAUUUACUCUCCAAGUUAGAAACAAUAUCAUCCCUUAGAUGAUAUUUAAAUAAAGCAUAAUUAUUAAAGUGCAUUUGGUUCUGCAAUAAAUAAGGAAAAGGUCAAAAUUUAAUCUUCAAAAAAAGAAUAAUAAUACUCCUCUUCAAAACCAUUGACAGAUUUAUUAGAUAUGAAAAGAAAUAAAGCAGUAACAGAAAGAGCAACACUUGCAGAAAUUAUAAGAAUUUCAAACCAUCUUCAAGAUGUUUAAUAAGCAGAAGCUACUUAAUUAAGUAGUGCAUAUUUAUAAGAACUUAUAAGUUUAUAAUAAAAUAUAGGGAAAGUACUUAAAAAUACAUCUAAUAAAGUUUACAAAUGAG